GCUGGAGCCGCCGCGAUGAGCUGCACCGAGCGCGGUGACAGGCGCUGCGGCUGCGGGGGCACAGAGGAGAAGAAGAUGCUCAAGUGUGUGGUGGUGGGAGACGGCGCCGUGGGGAAAACCUGCCUGCUGAUGAGCUACGCCAACGACGCCUUCCCAGAGGAGUAUGUGCCCACUGUAUUUGACCACUAUGCAGUUACUGUGACAGUGGGAGGCAAGCAGCACUUGCUCGGAUUAUAUGACACCGCGGGACAGGAGGACUACAACCAGCUGAGGCCGCUCUCCUACCCCAACACCGACGUGUUUUUGAUCUGCUUCUCUGUUGUGAAUCCUGCCUCUUACCACAACGUCCAGGAGGAAUGGGUUCCAGAGCUGAAGGACUGCAUGCCUCAUGUGCCUUACGUCCUCAUAGGGACCCAGAUUGAUCUCCGCGAUGACCCCAAAACCUUGGCCCGUUUGCUGUAUAUGAAAGAGAAACCUCUCACUUACGAGCAUGGUGUGAAGCUUGCAAAAGCGAUCGGAGCACAGUGCUACUUGGAAUGUUCGGCCCUAACUCAGAAAGGUCUCAAAGCGGUUUUUGAUGAAGCAAUCCUCACCAUUUUCCACCCCAAGAAAAAGAAGAAACGCUGCUCUGAGUGUCAAAGCUGCUGUUCAAUUAUCUGAGGCUGCUGGGAGGCCGGCCCCCACCCACCUAAGGGUGAGAGGGGCGCCGACCUCUGAGACCAAGCUCAAGCCACGAAGGAGGGCGAGACCAGAGAGGAAGUCCCUUUGCACGGAGCCUUGCUCCUCCACUCCGGGAGCCCCCACCACCACCCGCAAGCACAGCACACAGCUGCCACGUCCCCCCUACCAGCCCGAAGCGUCCACAUUGCACAAUCUGUGAGAACGCUGAGCCCGCCGGAGGUCACCCAGCGCCGCUGCUGACCAUGUUGCAAACGAAGGCAAAGACCAUGUUGCGUUUUGCGCCUCCCCUCCACGAACGUGAAGCUGAUGAUAGGGAGCCAUCCCCAAGAAACAGGAAGAGGAACUCGGUUCCUGUAUUGGUGGCCUUACCCCGUGUCUUCUACAAAACACAGGAA